GAAGAAGGCAAUGAAGGUGGUGCAGGUGCUGUCUCAGGCCGUCCGCAAGGCAGCAGAGGACGCAGACGGGCGCAAGCAGCGCUCGCUCAAAGACGCAGAGGAGAUGCUUCGAAGGGAGAACGAAAAGGCAGCCGCAGCUGCCGGUAUUGGUGGGUAUGGUGGUGCGGCCGUGCCUGCUGCCAAGCCUCUCAGCAGCUUUGGCGGCGGAGCCUCGGCAGCGGCGCCAGUGGGUGGUUAUGGCUCAUCUGCUGGUUUGGCCGCCAAGCCUAGUAGUGUGUCGAAUUGGGGCGGGGGGAGCGGGGCAGCAGCAGCGGCACCUAGCCCGUGGGCGGUGGCAGCUUGAUAUAGUAAUUGCGGAGCACAGAGGCACAUAUGGUGUUAAUUUGAGGUGGUGUCGGGGCAUGCGUAGCAGGCUCUGCAGUGGUGCAUGACAGGAGGAGUUGAUUUGAUAUGAGUGACAGGGGAGCAGAGCAAACAAGGACACCAGGGCAGGGGGGCAGGCAGGGGGAGGCGUUGGGGGAGGCGUGGGAGCAACACAGGAGGUAGCUCUGGCUGGGGCACUGGCAGCGGGGGCAGCUUGAUAUGACUGAGAGGGGAACACAGAUGGUGACAGCAACACAGAUGGUGUUGUUUAUGUAAGGUGGUAUGUUAGCACAGUCAACAGGCACUCUGCAGUGGUGCACAACAGGAGGGGGUCUGGAUGGGGCACUGGCAGUGUUGGCAGCUUGAUAUGAUUGUGCUUCUGUCCCACAUGGUGCUGAUACAUACGUCUUGCUGUAGCAGCAGGCUUUGUUGAUAUGGCUCGGUGUUUUUGUGGCUCGGCGUUUAUGUGGCUCGGCGUUUACGUGGCUCGGCGUUUACGUGGCUCGGCGUUUACGUGGCUCAAUGUGUCACUGUACCGGCACCUCUGGAGAUGGCUGUACUGUGUGACGGGCUCUGUUUAUAUGGCUCAGCGGGUUGCCACCACCAACCAUAGUACCGGUACCUCUGGCUGCUGGAUAUGGUGAUCCUGUUGAGUGUGGGAGUGUGGGUAAUGUUACAGAAUUCUUAUUGCCUUCAUAUAAGAUGACAUACACUCUACAACCAGCAGACCCUCAAGGUGUUUAUCCAUUU